CAGAAGACUAUGCUCCUCAUGAAGGCGGUGUGCGUCUUUCUUCUCGCUUGUACCCUCCACCUCAGCCGCGCCUGGUCAGUGAACAACUUUCUGAUGACCGGUCCAAAGGCUUACCUCGUCUACUCCAGCAGCGUGGCAGCUGGUGCCCAGAGUGGUAUUGAAGAAUGUAAAUACCAGUUUGCUUGGGACCGCUGGAACUGCCCCGAGAGAGCUCUGCAGCUGUCCAGCCAUGGCGGACUCCGUAGUGCGAACCGGGAGACAGCGUUUGUACACGCCAUCAGCUCUGCUGGAGUCAUGUACACCCUGACGAGAAACUGCAGCCUUGGGGAUUUUGACAACUGUGGCUGUGAUGACUCCCGAAAUGGACAACUGGGAGGCCAAGGCUGGCUCUGGGGAGGCUGCAGUGACAACGUGGGCUUCGGAGAGGCAAUUUCCAAGCAGUUUGUGGAUGCCCUAGAGACAGGACAGGAUGCCCGGGCAGCCAUGAAUCUGCACAACAAUGAGGCUGGCCGCAAGGCGGUCAAGGGCACCAUGAAACGCACGUGCAAGUGCCACGGCGUGUCUGGCAGCUGCACCACGCAGACCUGCUGGUUGCAGCUGCCGGAGUUCCGGGAGGUAGGCGCGCACCUGAAGGAGAAGUAUCACGCGGCGCUCAAGGUGGACCUGCUCCAGGGCGCGGGCAACAGCGCGGCGGGCCGUGGCGCCAUCGCCGACACCUUCCGCUCCAUCUCCACGCGCGAGCUGGUGCACCUAGAGGACUCCCCCGACUACUGCCUGGAGAACAAGACCCUGGGGCUGCAAGGCACCGAAGGCCGAGAGUGUCUGCGGCGCGGGCGCGCCCUGGGCCGCUGGGAGCGGCGCAGCUGCCGCCGGCUGUGCGGAGACUGCGGGCUGGCGGUGGAGGAGCGCCGCACCGAGACGGUGUCCAGCUGCAACUGCAAGUUUCACUGGUGCUGCGCGGUCCGCUGCGAGCAGUGCCGCCGGCGGGUCACCAAGUACUUCUGCAGCCGUGCCGAGAGGCCGCCGAGAGGCGCUGCUCACAAACCUGGGAAGAAACCCUAA